AUGUUAGAUGAAUCCAUUUUCUCCAAAUUCAGCCAACGAAACGCCGUAAAGUUUUGCGAUUCGCACCAAAACUGGUCGCUGGUGACAUACGGAAAACUAUGGCGCGUGAUACAGAUAAUAGCGAGAAUGCUCGAAGGGCAAAAUAUCGAAGGGCAACUAAUCGGCGUGAAGUUGCCACAAUGUCCAGCGCUGAUUACCGUUCUUGGAGGUGUAAUCAAAUCCCGCAACAGCUUCUGUUGCAUCGAUCCACGGGACCGCGAAAUGCGGCAAGAUGAUUGCAAGGAGUGUGCUGCAGUGUUUUUUCCUACCGGUGAAUGGUUUCAAAGUGGCCAAGGCUUUCAGCUACUGCUGAGCAUGCGGAUCACGGGGAUGAAAAUCUCGUUGGCAGUUGCAUCGUUCCCCGUUGCCAGCAGUCCCGUGCUGGGGUUUUGUGUACGAACGUCCGGAACGACGGGACUACCGAAAACGAUAUUCGUGCCAGGCCAAUGCAUUGCGCCGAACGUAACGUCGUUGAUUGAACGGUUUGGUGUGAACGAACAGGAUGUUAUCUUUGUCUGUUCACCACCGACCUUCGAUCCGUUCGUCGUAGAUCUGCUUCUGGCGCUGCAUACCGGCGCUACGCUGCUGCUUGUAGCGGAUGAAAUACGUCGCUCGCCAACCCGAUUACUGCCGGCACUCUUUCCGGCCGUAACGGUGAUGCAAAUGACCCCCUCCAUGUUUCUGCGAUGGAACCAUCGAGCUGUGACCGAAACGAUCCUUGCGCCACACAGCACACUGAGAGUACUCGUUCUUGGCGGGGAACCAUUCCCGGCGUUAGUGAUUCCUGCCGGGUGCCGUACGAAGGUGUUCAACAUCUACGGCAUCACGGAAGUAUCGUGUUGGAGCACAAUCGAACAUGUUACCAGCCACACCACCGACCAGGUGCCGCUUGGUGCUCCCCUCGAUGCGUCGAUCGUAUUGCAAGUGCGUAGCGUCGAUAACGGCCAAAUUCUGACCCCAGAAAACGCUCAGGGAUCCAUCGUUGGCGAGCUCUUCAUCGGUAGCAGCACCCGGAAGUGUAUCCUGCUUGAAGAACAGCCAGACACCAGCCACGGAGAUGUCGUAUUCCGUGCGACCGGCGAUUUAGUGGAGCUAACGAACGAAAGGAGACUCUUGUACCGUGGCCGGUGCUGCAGAUUGAUUAAAAGGUUCGGUUGUCGUGUUAGUUUGGAGGAACUCGAGCGCGUCCUAACCUCGCACGUGUCCGUAGAACAGUGUUUUGCUAAGGCUCACGAUGACGACAUGCGGCUGGUGAUGUUCUUCAAAUCGUCAUCCGCGGAUCCGCUGGUGGAGCAAAAACUGUGGACUUUUCUACGCUCACACCUACCGUCCGAAAAGCUACCCGAUGAGCUGCUUCGUAUCGAGCGAUUUCCACUGUCCGUGCAUGGAAAGGUGUGCCAGGAGGGAUUGACCAGGCUGUACCUCGAAUCGCAGCUCCACAAAAGUCACCCCGAUCCGGUCGUAUAUUUUCGCACGCAACUUAUAGCGAUGGGUAUCGGUUUCGUGGAUGACCGAUCGAAUAAAGAUGACUCUCGAAAACAUCGAAACUCUUUCAUCGAGAGUGGCGGUUCAUCGGUCGCGGCACUCCGGUUGUACGGCUCGAUGACAGCGAAAUUUCCCGAUCUGGAACUUCCGGAGAUUCUCGCCCGUCUGUUAGAUACAAACGUAUCGCUGGAUGACGCGAUUGCUUAUGUCGAUGCGCAAGUACCGAAAGGUAAUGCUGCGAAAAGAAGGAGAACCUCAGCAACAGACUGUGUGCCGCCGAGAAUAAUGGAUGGUGGCCUCCUUAAGACGGUCUGCAGAUACGAUCUGGGCAAGUGCAUUGAUUCGCGACCAAGCACAACAUUUUGUCCGGACAUCGGUCCCAUUCUAAGCAUCGGAAGCCAUUCGGGCCUGUUGCUGACGAUCGAUGUGACCACAAACGACGUUCUGUCGCGUAUUACCUUGCCCGAUCGUAUCGAAUGCUCCGUAAGCUUUCUGGAACCCUUUCUAGAGGGCCCGGGGCUCCACGCCGUGGUUGGAUGUUAUGACGGAUUUUUAUACUGCUUCGCUCCACGAGAGGGAACGAUCGUGUGGAAGUACGACGCCGGAGGGAUGAUUAAAAGCGCACCCUUGGUUUUGUCAGCUUCGGGCGACAUUGUUUUUGGUAGUUAUGGGUCCGCUUACAACCUUCACUGCCUAACGAUGGACGGCACGGCACGGUGGAUGUUGCUGGUUGGCACCAAACCAAUAUUGGCUCGGCCCGUCGCGUUGGGUAGCCUGGCAGAUAAGAAAUGUGUUCUGGUGGCUACAUUAGACGGGACGAUGGCGGCCGUCGAGCUUGCCACGGGAAGCCUCGUAUGGAGCAGAACGAAUGCCCGUAAUGUGCCCGUGUUUGGUUCUCCCAUUUACUUAGCGGAUCAUGACCGAAUUGUCUCAUGCGCUGUCGACGGCGAGCUCGGCGUUUAUGAGGCCACCGGUGGUAAAAAGAUAACAUCCCACCAGCUGCCGGGAAAUGUGUUUUCGUCAAUCGCGUCUCUGAAACAGGCGGAUGCAACGGUUGAUCUCUUCGUCGGAUGUUACGAUAAGCACCUGCAUUGUGUAGCGUUGGAUGGUGACAAAAUCGUGCUCAAAUGGAAGCUCCGACUGCAGUCCCAAAUCUACGCCACGCCAUUGAUUCUGGACGACAAGCGGACACUAAUAGUGUGCACGACCGCUGGUUACGUUAACGUAAUUGAUUUGCGUGCUGAAACUGAUGAUUACACGGGUUGCAAAAUAAUAGCAACGCAGAAAAUGGAUGGCGAACUUUUUGCCACACCAACUGUCUGUGGGGAUGAUGCACUGUUUGUUGGCUGUCGUGAUAACUUUUUGUACAAACUACAAAUAAACGAGAUGAAACCAAACUAA